CACUGAUUGGCAGUACUGAUAGGUGGCACUGAUUGGCAGUACUGAUAGGUGGCACUGAUUGGCAGUACUGAUGGGUGACACUGAAAGGCAGCUCAGAUGGGCACUGAUAUGUGGCAUUGAUGUGGCACUGAUGGGCACUGGCACGUGGCACUGUUUAGCACUGACAGCUGGCACUUCUGGGGCCACACUGAUCAUCAGGGCACACUGAUCAUCAGUGCCCUGAUGAUCAGUGCCCUGAUGAUCACUGUCAGCGUGACAGAUCGAGAGGAGAGAAAUGCCGAUAACCGGCAUUUCCCUGUUUACACGUGAUCAGCUGUGAUUGG